UUUGCGCCAAGACGGGCGCGGGACGGGAGUGCGCUUUCUACGCAGAGCAGUAUUGGCUACGUUUGAAUGAGAAUCCGGUCGCGACCCGGCGCUCUGGCCGAAGGAUCGACCAGCAAUGCGAAGAGCAGAGCGUUUGUACAGCUCGUCGAGUGGAUUGUAUCGUCGCAUUCUGCCUUCGGUGGGAGAGUGGUGGUCAUUUUCUGCCGAAGGAUCAUGAUUGUGAACUUAGCUUCUGAUCGCUGUAGAGCUUCGAAAGACGGAAUCUGGGUAUCUUUGGGCUGGAGGUUUGUCUGACUUUGAAUCUGUGAUAGAAUUCGUCGGAGUUCGUUGAGGAGACUAUUGUUCAUCUACGCCAUGACGAUGGAGGAAGGGCAAGAUGAUGAGCGUCGUCGCCGGCACUCGAAGCCGGUUGCCGACAAGGCUGUUGCGGGCUGGGGUUCGGCCUUGGUCGCUGGUUUCAUCGCUGCCGCCGUGAUAGGGAAUGUGCUUUCUCUUCGGCGGCGACUCGCAAAUGUUCACAAGGCAUCUACCCAGGGCAACAGGUCAAGGCCUGGUGCAAAUUCGAGGCAAGGUACAAACCCUCAAGGACAUGGUUCUGGCUCCCAGCAGUAUAGGAAAUCAGAACAACAGCAAGCAUGGUCGCACUUUAAGCAGGAUGAAGCGGAAUCCAAACGUAUGUGGGAAGAGCACAUGGAAGAAAUGGAACGCAUAAGAAGAAGGCAAGAAGCUUUUGACCGGGAGAGGAUGCGCACGAAGAGAAAUUAUGAGUCCUGGCAAGAGCGUCACGGUGACAAAUGGGAGUGGAAAUGGCAUGGCAAUAAGUGGGAAUGGCAGGGUGAAGCUGAACGUCGCCGGGCCGCAGAGGGAAGGAAUGAUUGGUGGCGUGAUGCUCAAGGUCAGAAGAGUAAGAGUCGAAAAGACUCACCUCCAUCUGUUAGUACUGCAGAACAUUAUGAUGUUCUAGGCCUUGAUGUCUCGAGGUCUCCACCAUAUACUGAGGCCGAGAUCAAAGCUGCCUUUCGUGCGAAGGCCUUGGAGUUACACCCGGACCAGAAUCAAAGUAACAAGGAAGAAGCAGAGGCAAAAUUUCGACAUGUAAUGGAUGCUUAUAAUGCUUUGCGCUCCAAGCCCAGUUAGUUGUUCAAUGCCUGGUGUACGGUUGCCAAGUUGGAGUUGAGUUUGAUAAUGAAACUCAUUAUUUUGGCCUUUUCAUCUUGCAGUGAUGUGACAUCAGCUUCUACACUCAUAUCACAUCCAGAAAGAGCUGUUUAGAGCGCAAAUUGCAGCAUUGAUGCAUGUCCAUUUAUUACUGAUGCAUUCGGCGGAAACUGCCAUCUGUUCCUCUUUAUCCUCAUUUUAUAAACCGAAGAGGGCUUUGCCCUGGUGCAGUCUAGAUCAGAAUCUUCCUUCCAUCUGUUGACCUCUUCUUUAUGUCUGGAUAGGUGUGGAUGAAGAGGGGAUACUCCCGGUCGGGUUUUCACAACUGCACAAAUGAAGCCGCUCGUUCGUAUUGUAUCUUCCCAGUUUUUAAAUGGUUUUUGACUUAUAUUU